AACUAACCCCACCAACACAACACACUGCUCAGACGGCAGACGGCAGCAACGGGGGGCCCUCGCUAUUUUCAGCCGAACAUGGGGGGGUAUUUGCACUUGUCUCAUGUCGGAUGAUCAGAGACGGGAUGGCGCCCUGGUACACGGGAGGCACCAGGCAUGACCAACCGUCUUUACCAUCAAGCCCCUCGGGCAUUGGCGUCUCUUUUCUUUUGUUUUUCUCACACCAUUACGGAAUCAUUUCGUUUCUCUUAACAUUUGGAGAUACACACAGUACAACACAGCAGAUGAAAGUGAUUUGAAAUAACUCUUUCAUACCUUUCUUAUCUUUCUUCUCUUCGUGGGACCUGGUGUUCUGAGCCCUGGAAAAGCCAUUCGUGAGAUAUAAUCAUCUUUCACUAUGGCCGGCCUUUUGAACGGGGUGUUGCCCGACGUAAGUCUGGGUUUGGGGUUGGGAGGAGGAGAUGACAAUGGCGCAGGCGCCACCGCCUCUCCGGCAGUGGACACAACGUCGGCAUCUAGUACAUCAACUGCCACGAAAAAUGGCAAGCCGACUAGGACAUCGGCGGCGCUACCAGAUAUCACAGCGGACCCGGGGUUGGCUUUGAACCCGGCCAAGGGUGUUGACGACCCUGGUGAUUUUAAUUUGAGUACCACCACGACUCAGGGAGCUGGGAAUAACGGUAAUGGAGGAGGGAAGGAUAAUGAUGACGGCAAGACGGCUGCACCAGAUUCAACAACUACGACAAAACCAGGCUCAACAACUACGACUAAACCAGGGGCCACCGAAGCUACAACACCUGCCAAAACCACGGCUACUGCGGCUUUAGAAACGACAAGUACCAAGGCUAACGCGGCUCCCCAAAGUCCGACCACCGCGUCAACGGCUCCUCCGACUACCCAGGCUACAACUAUCCAGGUCACGACUUCAGCAUCAUCUGGGUUGCCCUCUACCUUGGUUACCAGCGUUCGGCCUGGACUUGAAAGUGGCACCUCCUCAGACCUAGAUGUUACUAGUAUUCUUCCCACCAGCCUGGUCGCGGAUCCCACAAGUCUCUUUCUUGCAACCUCCACUCCUCCGCUACCACCUCUAGCCGAGAGCUCAACACAGUCCGAGCCCACAUCCUCAUUCAUAUCCUCAUCCUUUGCGUCUAGCAGUGCCGUCGGUACCUCUAUACCUGCGUCUAAUGGCCUCACCCAGGCUUCCACGACGGAGACCGCAACCGGCAUGACGAUGGCAGCGACAAUCGGGAUCAGUGUAGCCGGCGGUGUAGGUGCUCUGGCAUUGAUCGUAACGUCCAUUCUGGUCUGCAGACGAUACUGGCGCAAGCGGCGCGAGGCAAAUGACGAGGCGCUGCAGAACCUGGACGCCAUGUACGAGAAGGGCAAGCCGGUGGACUGGGUUGAACUUGAUACCGGCAGGUGGAACAAGGGGCUCGAGGUAUUUCACGAUGCGACCAGGCCCGCGGAGUUGGCGGGAGAGUCGUCGCUGUCCAGGGCUGGGAGCGUGAGGUCGCAGCGACCACGUGCUACGUAGUAGCAGCGGCACGAUGAGGAUUUCGAAGGAGGACCGGGAGGCGAGGGGCGAUGUUUGGAAGACUUGCUCAUUGCCUCCUGUCACGUACUCACAAGGAAUCCACAGUCAAGAUAAGAUUAUCUGAAACCGUGAGGAUGGAUAGUGUAGGACCGGAAACAGGAUUGAGAAGUGAUGUGUGUAUUCUUUUGGAAAUAUUGCAUCAACGGAUGGAUAUCACUCGCUUGGAUUAAUAAAAAAAACAGUGAGCGAAAGUUGGUAUCCUAGGUGACAGCGUGGACGAAGCUGAAAACUGUUUAGCCAUUAUUUCUUCUACA